UUCACCACAGUCUCUAGACUCUCAAGCUCGAUUGUCUUCCUGCUUUAGACAGAAACAUGGUACGGCUCACGGAGGGUGCUGCGCGUGGAAGGAAAACGUCGCUAAUCGACUCUCAGCUGGACUUCUAACUCAUCAUGCCGCGUUACACCAGGGUCCUGCUUCUAGUUUUGUGUGUGAGUCUGAUCGGGGAAUGCCGGAAACACAGAAGUAGGAAAAAACGGUGGUCGGCACCGGCCGGGACUCAUAAGCCAGCAAAGGAACUUGCUGGAACACCUGACACUGUUGUUAUUGUAAGGCCAGGCUCCGAGACCAGGAUGGAGGACAGUCCUCUAUCAAAGAAAGUUGUGGAUGGAACUAAAAGCCGGAAGGUAAAGACCAGCCACCUCCUGCGCAUUGAUGAACACGAUUUCACCAUGAGGCCCGCAUUUGCAGGUCCAGCUGUCCCUGUUGGGGUGGACGUUCAGGUGGAGAGUUUGGACAGCAUAUCAGAGGUAGACAUGGACUUCACCAUGACUCUGUACCUGAGGCACUACUGGAAAGAUGAAAGGCUGGCAUUCCCAAGCGCUACAAACAAAAGCAUGACCUUUGAUGGUCGCCUGGUGAAGAAAAUAUGGGUACCUGAUGUGUUCUUUGUCCAUUCCAAGAGGUCCUUCAUCCACGACACCACUACUGACAACAUCAUGUUAAGGGUCUUCCCAGAUGGUCAUGUUCUAUACAGUCUGAGAGUAACAGUUACUGCAGCUUGCAACAUGGAUUUUAGUCGUUUCCCUCUGGACUCACAGACAUGUACACUGGAGCUGGAGAGUUAUGCUUACACAGAUGAGGACCUGAUGCUUUAUUGGAAAAGUGGCGAUGAGUCCCUGAGCACAGAUGACAGGAUUUCUCUGUCUCAGUUCCUGAUUCAGAAGUUUCACACUACCUCCAGGCUGGCUUUCUACAGCAGCACAGGUUGGUACAACCGUCUGUACAUCAACUUCACGCUGCGGCGUCACAUCUUCUUUUUUCUACUGCAGACCUACUUCCCUGCUACUCUAAUGGUGAUGCUGUCCUGGGUGUCCUUCUGGAUUGACCGCAGGGCUGUCCCUGCCAGAGUCUCAUUAGGUAUAACUACGGUGCUCACCAUGUCCACCAUCAUUACUGGAGUGAAUGCUUCCAUGCCCAGGGUCUCCUACAUCAAAGCUGUGGACAUUUACCUCUGGGUCAGUUUUGUCUUCGUCUUCCUGUCUGUGCUAGAAUACGCUGCCGUAAACUACCUGACAACUUUGAGGGAUGGGAAAGACCGCAAACUCAGAGAAAAGGUUAAGGAACAGUCCCAGACACUCCCUUGCACAUGUGGCAUGCCCCAUACCAAGACCAUGAUGCUUGAUGGGACAUACAGUGAGGAAGAUGCCAACAGUCUGGCGGGAUACACAAGAGCCUCGAUGGUUGCCGAGGACAUAUCAGAUAAACAGGAACAGAUGGUAGUGCAUCUGUCUUUGGACAACGAGUCCACUGGCACCAAGAAGAAGGGCAUCCGUGGCUUCCGGAUCAUUCAGAACACCCACACCAUUGACACAUAUUCUCGUAUGAUUUUCCCAGGCUCAUAUAUCCUCUUCAACCUGAUCUACUGGUGUGUGUACUGUUGAGAAUUUUAGCUCAAAUUGUAGUAGUGAAAGAAAAUUACUGUGAAACCGUUCUGUUGGACGUAAGCCUGAGGUUUACCUGUUCAAGUUUGCCAGGAUGGCCUAUCAAAGACAUCUGGGAGUGAAUACUACAUCUACCCAUUUCAUUGUUGAACUGGACAUUCGAUAUAGCUUAUUUUUUAAUUUUUAUUAAUGAA